AUGCUCACUCAUCAUGCCACUUUGCUGAAUAUCUGUAAUGGCAUAAUAUUCCUACAGCCUCGUCAGCGUCUCUUUUCCUGGUUCCACCGCUGUGAGCGUCUGUAUGGCUAUGAAACUCUCCAUAUCACCGUUCCUACCCUCCCGCCAGGUGUUAUUAUCAACAACCCCCAGAACCUAGAGUUCAUCUUCCGCCAUGAGGGAAUCUUUGAAAAAGGAGACUUCUUCAAACAGCGAUCUUGGGACUUGUUCGGUCACGGUAUCAUCAACGUGGACGGCGAGUUCUGGCGCCUGCAGCGCAAGGCUGGCCUGCGGUUUCUCUCAACAGCUGCUCUGAAGACUCUGACGAGUGACCGAUUGCCAGAGUACCUAGAACAGGCCAUUCAUGUUCUCAGGAGCAAAGAAACUGGGAGAGAUGUAGUGGACUUACAGGCGGUAAUCCACGAAGUGACGACGCAGCUGAUGGGACGAAUGGCAUACAACAUGGAGAUGCACGCUGACGAUGAUUUUACCGUUGCUUUUGAGCAUGCUUCAGGGGCCACAGCCGAAAGGUUCCAGAACCCAUCAUGGUUUGUGACAGAGAUGUUCUUUGGAAGUCGAAUGCGACGUUCUAUCAGAACUGUUAAGGCUUAUGGGCAGCGGAUCGUCAAGAGCGCAGUGGCUGAUCGCGAGGUAACUGAGGGAAAAGCGCAGUCCGAUGCGCCAGGAAGUCUCAUUCAGUCUUUGUUGGAUGCAAUUGGUGACGACGGCCUUGUAGCAGAUGCCGCACUGAAUUAUCUUUCGGCGGGGAGAGAUACUGUUGCUCAGGCACUUACGUGGACGCUAUACUUGCUCAUGAAGCACCCAGAAGUGACCAACAAGCUAUGCCAGUCGAUCCAAGACCUACGAGAUCAAGUCAGAGACCAAGAUCACUUUGAGGACGACCCUGAACUUCUUACCCCGGCACGACUCCCCUACGUCCUCGCAGUCUUCUAUGAAACUCUCCGCCUUCGGCCCCCCAUCCCCUUCGAAAUCAAACAAGCUCAACAAGAAACAAUCCUUCCCGAUGGAACAUUCCUCCCAAAAAGUGCUGUCGUUUUAUGGUGUGCUUGGGCAAUGGGCCGCUCUCACACAACUUGGGGUCCUGAUGCAGAUGAGUUUCGCCCAGAGCGAUGGCUAACUACGUCUCCAUCUGGUGAUGUGACAGUCAUGCAGCGUUCAGCAGCCGAGUUUCCUGUCUUCAAUGGUGGGCCUCGAGUAUGUCUAGGGAAGAAAAUGGCAGAGUUGGUUGCUGUACAGACAUUGGCGAAAUUGGUGCCCCUAUUUGACUUCAGACCUGCUUUCGAAGGCGAGAGAGUGAGCAAGAGUAGUUUGACUCUUCCGAUGGACGGUGGUUUGCCGGUGUAUGUGCAUGCUAGGAGGACCUCCAAGACGUGA